GAACUCUUGUUUAUCAACGGAUUAUUUUGUAGGACGUACGCCCAACGGACUUGCUCAUGGAGGAGGUUUAAUGAAAAACUCCAAACAAUUCUCCUUAUAAAGAUUUCUAGGGGCACCCGGGUGUAAAAUGGACGCCUGGAGUCCCAUUGCGAAGGUGUACGACCCGCUGAAAGCUGGAAGCAUCGAUGGCACCGACGUAGAGCCCCACGACCGAGCAAUAUGGAGGGCGAUGUGUGCCCACUACAAGCCCAACAAAGGUGUCGUCGGAGACCCGCUGCUCACCCUCUUCGUGGCCCGACUCAACCCGCAGACCACCGAGGAGAAACUACACCACGUCUUCUCCGAAUUCGGGGACAUAAAGCGGCUCCGGUUGGUCCGGGACAUCGUCACGGGCUUUUCAAAGCGCUACGCCUUCAUCGAGUACAAGGAGGAGCGGGCUGUGGUUCGAGCCCGCCGGGACGCCAACAAGCUGGUGGUGGACCAGCAUGAGCUGUUCGUGGAUUUUGAACUGGAGCGAACACUGAAAGGGUGGAUCCCCAGGCGGCUCGGCGGCGGGCUGGGAGGGAAAAAGGAGUCCGGCCAGCUGAGAUUCGGCGGUAGGGACAGACCCUUCCGAAAGCCCAUCAACCUGGGAGCCGGCCCGUUACAGGAGCGGUCUGGCGGGGGCCGGAGGGAGUGGGACCGGCCUGGAGGUGGAGGUAGAGACAACCGGGAUUACCGGGACCGCAGCCGAGACGACCGAGGCAGAAGAGAGGACAGAAGCAGGGGCAGGGAGGACACCCGGUACCAAGAGAGGAGCAGGCACCGAGACCGGAGAUGAUGCCUUUGGGGAAAACGGACUUGGUAUUGGACUCUUAAAAACUGACAUUGCUGAACUCGUGUACAAUGCGGUCUUGCGUGGAUCUGAGAAAAAGGAACUGGUGUAACUGGUACUUGGAUUCCAAGCAGGUUUUCGGCACUGUACAGAAGUGUAGCGAGUUUCCACCUGGUUUACAUUAAGUGAAAGACAGGAAGUGGUUUUGGCGCCAUGCGUCCACUGUGAAAUGCAAAUCCAGUACAGUGUAGUCCAGUGUGUACCCAAAAUGAACCAGUCACCUUAAAAUAGAGGUACUGUAUGUACCAAACUGUGACUAUGAUGUACAGUAACACCACCACUAUUCAUAGUAAUAAAAACGGCAAAAAAGAACAUCAAAUACUGCAAAGUUGCUGUACAGCAUAUCACAACAUAUCAUAGCCAUCCUCAGGUAUCAUGCAAGUAUGCCCACUAGUGGCUAUGUGUAGGUAGAAACUGGACAAUGCUACAUUCUUGUUUAGUGUUUUCAAAUAAAAGCACAUAGUUUAUUCUGUAUUAUGUUCAUUUUGGAAUCAAACAUGGCGUUACAAUCCGAGCAAGGAGCGGUGACAAGGUCUUUUAAAGUCUGUCGCGUUGAUGGUCAGUGCGUUUUAGAAGAUCUUUCCAUGUCCGUCUCGGUUUUGGGCCAGUUGGGGAACGUGUCCCUCUGGACUGUCCUGAAGUCGAUCCUAAGCCAGAAUAUGCCGUAGUAUACGUCAUAGUACUCGUCGAAAGUUUGGAGACACUUUCUCAUCCAACAGCAUGACAAAAUGUCUACAAACUUUUGUGCAUUUUCUACAUUGUGAUGUCUUCCAGCCGGUUGUCACCUGAAAGCCGGGUUGAUGCCGAUGUUAUCCGGCUGUGGGAGAGCUGGGGUCGUCCUCCUGCGCCACGAGGACGGAGGAGGGAAGUCCUUCUGAUACUGAGACAGCAUCGUUUCCGCUUGCUCGUCCUCUGCUGGUCGGCCAUGUCUGCUGCCGUGUCCACUUCCUGUCUGUCUGGAGGAUGAUGUGUGAGAAUGGGGCGUGGUCUCCUGCUGUGAGUUCUGGUACCUGUGUUCGUCUUAAGUGCGUAAACAAGGUAGUAUAGUACGUAUUUGCAAAAGUCCACCUAGAGGAUGUACAGUAUGUUCAUGCCUUUGUCUUGCCGUGGGACAGUCCUGAAGCUGAAGGCCUCAUGUGAUGUGCUCUCCAUCUUGGCUGGGGUAUCUGGGUAGAGGAGAAAGCCUGUGGGCGUGAAAGAGUUAAAGGGUGACAAGCCUUUUAAUUCCCUCUUUGCAAAUGCCUCAUAUCCAGUUAUGCAAAUUCAACGAUUACAUCAUGACAUCAUCCCUCGGCAACCCUCCACUGCCACAAAUGGAUUGCAGUCCUUGGAUUGCGAUUCUUACCUGCCACUGUGGGCAGCUCCCCCCUGUAAGGUCGAGCCCGUAGAAAGAAGUUAUGAUGGUGACGUGAGUGUUGAAGGUUCUCCAUGUACAUUUGGUUUGAUGGUUCCAUGCUGCCGCUUGCUGGAGAACAGGAUGCAGUACUGAGCCUCUGCGGUGUACUCGAGGCAUGUUUAGAUCGGUCGCCAUGGCGUCUCAUAGCGUCUGCGUGAUUGACAGCUACAGUAAGACAAUAAAGCAGCUCAGCACCGUGGCAACAGACUCUUCAUCAUACGCCAUGUUCAGCCUGCUGCCGUCUUAUAUGUUGCCGCUCUGGGCUGGACAGUCAGUACUUAGUGAAGUACCGGUGAAGUAGUGGUUUGGCAGUGUCAGUCAGGUUUUUCCUCAGGGUUCCUCCGAACAUGAUGUGCAUGUUCCAGCCUGCAAACAUCAUAUGCCAAAUGAACUACUGAGAAUACAGCUUUUAUUAUACUAUACUACUGCUUGGCACAUUCAUGUUACAA